ACACACCUCAAUGACUGAAGACUUUGAUAAUGAAUCUGGGAGAUGGUCUGAUGUUUGAACUUGAGAAUGGAAAGCCCAGGCUUAUUUUAACCAAUUACGGUGCUGAGACAAAGAUCUCAACUAAAAUAGCCCAGGGUAAGCGGAUACCACAAAGAAAUAAGCCACAAAAAGUUAGUCUAAACAAGUCACACAAACAAGGCUCUCGAGAUCUACAUCCUGAAAGGCCCAUAAGAGAAAAAAAGUACACAGAAGAACACGAGGAACAGCUUGGCUUUAAGAAGUCCAAAGUCAAAGGCACCUCUGACAGCAACACUAAAGCAGUGGCACGUGUACGAUCAGCAAGGAAAGCAGAGAGCGGAAAGACGACCACCACUGAUGGAGCGACAGAGAUUACACAAACAUCUGUGAAAGAUAGUUUGGUAUGCUUAACUCAGGAGCAGCUUCAGCAAAUCCUCAGCACCAUCAACAAGACAUCAGCUCUGAAUGCGUCAGAUGGCUCAAACACCCUGGAUCAGACAGGGUCUGAUGCAAAAGGAGAUUACCCUUUAGAUGAAACAGAGAAAAAUGGGAGUGAUGAGGCACUGAUUGUGGACACCAGCAAUCAUGUUCAUCAGACAAACCAUGAAAAGGGAGCAGGAGAUAGGAUGGUAUUAAAUGGCACAAAACCUGGCCUCUUCAGCACUUUCGGAGAAAGAGAAAGGGAGAGAGAAGCACUGGAGGCCAAGAAGGCACAAUGGCGGAAAGAGCUAGAUGAGCAGAUGGCACUGAAACAGAAGCAGAAAGCCAAAGCAGAGGUUCUGCCAGACAGCAAACCUUGGCUAAGAUCACCUGUGGGAACCUCAUCUCAGCACAGUUCAAGGAAUGGGCAGGUGUCGGACGAGAGGAUGAUGAGGGCUGCUACAGGCACGGGGGAUAUGAGCUGCCAGUCUGCAGCCUCUCAGACAUACAGUAGCCAAAGAGAUCUGCCUGCUGCAAUCCGCUCUGCUUUUGUUUUAGGGGAAGCCACUCCCAUGGAACAUGCCUUCAAUGCUGAGAAAAAGGAGCAGCAGAGGCGUUGGUUACAGCACCUGGACCAGCAGAGAGAGGAGGCCAGGCAGCGCAAACAACAGGAGAAACAAGAGCACAGCCAGGCUGAAGACCAUGAGCGAUGGGCCAUGCACUUUGACUCCCUUCAGAAGCGUCUCACCCCCCACCCUCCUCUUCCCCCGGCUUCAGACAGGGGGGAUCCCGAGUCCCUCAGCUCCCUCUCCCACCACCGCUCGGCCUCUGGGGCGGUGUCUGCAGCCUGGGAUGGCAUGAGUGCCUUUGGAGGUGACAGUCUUGGGAGAGCAAGCGUGGACACCACAAGAGGUUUCACCCAGAAGUCCAGCUACCUGCGAACUAUGACUGCACUUCUAGACCCAGCCCAGAUAGAAGAGAGAGAGCGGAAACGUCUUAAACAACUUGAACAUCAGCGUGCCAUAGAGGCACAGGUGGAGGAGCGCAGGAGACAGAGGGAGAAGGAGGAGGCAGCACGGCAGGCUCUGGAAGAAGAGGAGGAGAGGAGACUAGCCAGAGAGAGAGAACAUCUCCAACAAAAGUACUUACUAGACACACAACAGCAGAGGCAAAAAGAGGAGUUACUCUCACGUAAGACAGAAGAACUAUAUUUGAGCGUCCAGAGGGCUCAGGAGGAGGCACUGAAAGAUAAGCACCUUCAGAGGAUCCAAGACCUGGCAAGAAAAGGCCAUGAUGUCUCCAAACUGCUGCACAGUCUGAAGGGAGAAUCUUCCUCCACAUAUGGAUCCUUGAGCCCAUCACCAAGCUUGGCCAGGUCUGACGCCCCUUCACAGAGAACGGAUGCUCCUGACAUACCAUCCCCAAGAAAAGACACAGCUGUUCAGACUGAAGUCAACACAGAGAGUCAUUCAUCUGGGAUGGAAACUUUGGGAAACAUGGACCACGCAUCUUACACUCCAGACAUCCCAACUGAGUAUCAGGCCUCGCUCGGUACCAAGAAAUCCAAACGUGGGGCCCGACCGGCCGACAGGAAGCAGAGCACAGGGAAAGAGAACGUAUGCACGCAGGCCCGGGAUGACGGAGGGGACCCGUACGAGGCCUACGCAAGAACGGACAGGCGACAGCAGGGCGGGAAGAGGCCGGAAUGGAAUACCCGCAAGCCGAGCAAACCGUUCGUCCCAGCGUCAGAGCGUUACCCCCCUGGACUACAGCAGCACAGACAGGAGAGCAGAAUGCGUCGACAAAUGGAGCUUAUGACACUGGUUGAGAAGAACACACUCUCCAGAAUGCCUCAUCAAAAUUCCACUCCUCCAGUCCCACUGAAUCUGAACCUGUCUCAACAGCAAUGGCAAGAACAUUCUCCCCACCAAAAGGAUGAGGGAUCACUAUGGGCACCAUCGACCUCCACGGCGGUUAGCGCUGAAAGAGUGUGCUCUCCACCAAUCCCCACCCUAAAGCAUCAUCACCUGCAGCACUCCACCCAGCUUCCUCCUUGUUCCCUCCCAGAGGAAGGACCUCAGUCUGCCGAGUGCCCUUCUUCGUCAGACUAUGUCCCUUACGUACGCACAGAUGAGGUUUAUCACCUGGAUCCCCUCGCACCUCUCUCUAGACCUUCUACCCAAGAGCCUCAAAAGAAUAAACACACAGGUUUACAGAGGAGCAGACAGGGCACUCCUCUUGCCCAGAAAGACCCUCUCCUCCACCCUGAGCUGCUAAAGAGCACUGAGAGACAACAGGCCAUCUUAAAAGGGCUGUCUGAACUCAGACAGGGCCUGUUGCAGAAACAGAGAGAGUUGGAAACCAAUCUUAACCCUUUACUGCUUGGGCAGGCCAGGAACCCCUCGCUCACUUUCCAAAACAAGUGA